AUGUUUCAUUGCAUAAGCAAAUACUGUCGUCGUCAUUAUCGUCUAUAUUAUUUCUGCAAACUUGAUCGAUUAUGUCUCAUAAUAAAAAGAUUCGAAAAUUAUCCUCCGGCCAAAUCCGAGAACUUCGACAGGCAUUUGACUUAUUUGAUACCGACCACAGCGGAGGAAUCUCGCGACCAAGAAGCACGUCAGAUGUUUUCAGCAAUUGAUAUUGAUAAGAACGGUCGAAUUGAAUUCGAUGAAUUCGUUGAAGUUGUUGCCGAUUCGUAUUUCAAAAAGUUCUCUCGUUCGGAAAUUCUCGAAGCAUUUCGGCGAUUUGACCACAAUCAUGACGGUUAUAUCGAAGCGGAUGAGUUGAAGAAUAUUCUCGCACGACUUGGUCGAAAUUUUUCAGCAGAUGAAAUUCGACGCAUGAUUGCACAAGUUGAUCGAGAUGGAAACGGAAAAAUCUCGAUUGAGGGUAAAGAAUCGAUCAUUCCACAAGGUGUAUUUUGCCUUAACCACGAUGACAACCAACUAAAAAUAACAACAAUAAAUAAUAAAAAAGCAGCGACAAUUGCUAAGGUAAAAGAUAACGAAAAAAAGAAGAAGAUGAAGUUUCAACGGCGCAUUCUUCCUCCACAUUCACCAACUUAUCUCGAAAUGGAAGAAUACACGACACCAUCAUCUUCAAGACAUUCAAUAUCCAUAAAUGGAUCGACAAGUGACUUAAGUGAGUUAGGAAGUGUUUAUUGCCUAUCAACAAUAGCAAAACAAAGAUCUGAUUCUUUGACGAAUCUAUUCCAUAUGUCGGAAGACAGUACAUCAUUAUCAAACCUAAGUAUUGCAUCAUAUUCAUUAUCCCAACAUUCCUGUGAAAAUGGAUCUUACAUCAACCCGGCCACCCAUUUAAGUACAUCCCCAGUCACCUUAUCCACGCCUUGUCAACAACAAUCUACAUCUAUAAAUCACGGAUCUGAUAAAAUUUCUCGAAAACAAUACAGUUCAUCGUAUCGAAGUUUAACUGAAGAAUCAUCAUCGCCGAUAACGAUACGACGGAUUAAUCCUAAUCUGAAUAAUAACAGUUCACGUCGUAGUGGUGAUUCAACGCGUCAUUAUCAUUUCUCGACAAAUCUAAGUGGAAGUUCGUCGACAACGAGUAGCCAAAAAAGUUUUCCAAUCAAAACAGCUGAGACAGUUUUAAACACCAUUGGAAUCAACACAUCAGCAGUAUUAAAUGAUGAUUUAACUGAUAAAUGUGGCUUGAUCGCACAUGAUGCAAAUGAUAUCGAAAACAACGAUGAUAAUGCGAACUAUAAUAACAUCAUAAGCAAAAGCAAUCUUCAUGAUGAUAAUCAAAGUUUUUGUGAUAGUCAUUAUGUGGAUAGUUCAGAUGAAAAUGAUUUGGAGAUGAUUUCAUCUCGAAAUGCAUCGUCAGGCACAAGUCAAACCGGUCGAGGUUUGCGUAAAACAGUUUUGAACAACGUGGAUCGAUUGUUAAAUUCUGGCAAUAAACAAAUAAAACUUUAA